AUGGACUCCAUGGGCCAGAAGGUAAACACGCGGACGAGGAAGAUGGGCGGAUCCAUGGUGUGGUUCCCUCGCGGACUAGCGUUGGAACGGUACAGCACGAGAAUCCGUCCUGAAGUCGAAGGCAUCCUGAAUAACAUCGAAAUACCGGAAGGCGAGAAGUUAAUCAUCAAACUGUACAUGAUCGGACGAAGCGAGCAGAAAGCCAACCCGAUGAUUAUGAUCUGCUGUUCCGACAAGGCGACACGAAAGGAAGCCGAGGCAUUAAUUCGAGAAAGUGGGCUGCUGGAUAGACAUGAAAAUUCCGGAUUUGGACUUGGUUCGACUGGAUUCCCCUUAGAGUCUACUUUCCUCCCUCGUCCUCUCGGCAAAGAGGCUCACUCAGAGUCCAAUCCAUCUACGAAAGAGUUCAUGAGAACCGAGAUAUAUGGCUUAACUGAGCCGGGUAUCGGAAGGAAAUUAUGUUUCGUUACUUCAAGCCGUAGUGGCCAGACUGUUCAGUAUGCAACAGGUGGACCAAUCAUGCGCCUUGGGGACCAAUUCUGCCAGUUAACGGUUGCUCAUGCUAUGAAGCACGAUCUUGGUCCGGAAUCGCCAACGGCGCAUGAAUUGGACUCAGAUGAGUGUGAAUUCGACGGACAGUCCGACGAGGAGGAUGAUGAGCACCUCAUCCUCAGUAGGGCCAGCCUCAGUCCCCGGGACUCCAUGAGAGACGUGGAUCCCGACUCAGAUCAGCAGGAUUCGCAGCCUUCCUCGAUCUACUCGGACCCGAAUCCUGAGACACCAUCACUUGAAAGUCUGAAAAUCAGUGAAACACAGCAGCCUCUCAAAUCGGUGCGAAUGGGACAGAUAGAUGAGGAUUGGAAAUCGUCUACUCGAUUAUGCUGGUUUUCGACGCCAGUUGGUUAUAGUAGGGAGCUGGACUACUUUUUGAUCGCACUGCCAACAGAGCCGUCCGAGUUGGCCAAACGAUCUAAUCAGAUAACAAUCGACGACUCGCCAAAGUCCCGGACGAUUCAGGUUGACAACAUCGCAAGUGUCAGGAACCAAGACAUCAGCAUCUUGGCGAUUACAUCUCGAGGAUCCAUCCGUGGAACUAUUUCAUCACAUCCGACGUCGUUCAAAGCCGCUGGAUCAUCUUCAUUCCAGCAGUUGCUGACAGUUCUGCUCUCAAAAGGACUAAUGGAGGGAGACUCCGGCUCGGCCGUCAUCCAUGCCCAGACCGGACAUUUCUACGGCCAUGUGGUUCUUGGAUUCGAGAGUGAUUGUGUGGCGUAUGUAUUGCCUUCGCCAGAUAUAAUGGCUAAUAUAAUUAUCGUGGAUCGGCAAUUACCUUCAUUCUACCGCGCCGACGAGUAUGAGAGGUCAAAUUCACCACCGACGGCGCAAUUCCAUCACACGAUAACGAAGAGUGGGUCAACAUUGAGCCACGAUACCGCGCCUUCAUCUCAUGUCGGCCGUUCGCGCAAGACUGUCAGGUUUGGCGAGGAUACUUCCUCCCGGACUAAAUCUUUAGGUUCUUCGAACCUAUGGAGUGGUUCGGACGCUAGUUCAUCGAGCAAGGGCAUCACCUACUCAGGAGCGGGACAGUCUGGUCGUCAGACAGAUUCCCUGCAUGAGACGAAUCUUCUUCGAGAGAUGAUUCAAAAAUAUUUACACGACGCCUCAGAAGCGAAAGCGAAAGCGCAGAAUCUCGCAGAACAGCUUCAUCUGAGAGAAGACAAAAUAACUUCCCUGAACGACAGAUGCGCCCAACUGAUUAAAGAGAAGGAGAGCUUGAAAAUCAAGCUGGCGACGCUCGACAAACACGAGGGUGAAUCCAGGGCACUUCAUAGAGCCCUGUCUGAUGCUCAGAGGGAGGUUGAGAGACUGAAGACUGAAGUGCGAAAAACGCAUCCGGAGAGUCAAAACAUCCACGAUGAAAGCGAAUUUAUGCUACGCUACUAA